GGGGGCCCGAGCCGAAGCCCGAGCCCAAGGCGGCGGCGGCGGCGGCGGAAGCCGCCUGCUCCGGGGGCGGCGUAGGGACCGCUUGGGGUCCCGCGGGGCUGCCAACUCCUCCGAGCCCCGCGACCGAACAGAGCACAGCCGAGCCGAGCCGAGCCCUUUCUGCGGAGCCAGCGAGCUAGAGCGCGCAGCGCACGGCGCGGAGCAUCCCCGCGGUGCGCUGCCAGCACCCCCUGGAGUCGCCGGGGACUCUCCCGCCGCCCCCAUGGGGCCAAGGAGACUUUGAAGGAGUUUGGGGCUUGCUUCGGGAGCAGGGAAGCCACCGCUCCCCGGCAUCGGCCUGUUCUUGAUGGGAAACCAACUGGACCGGAUCACCCACCUGAGCUAUAGCGAGUUGCCCACCGGGGACCCGUCGGGCAUCGAGCAGGACGAGCUGCGGGUUGGGGUCGCCUACUUCUUCUCCGAUGAGGAGGAGGACGUGGAUGAGCGAGGCCAGCCGGACAAGUACGGCGUAAAGGGGCCCCCAGGCAGUGGUGGCGGCGGUGGCGGCGACGCCGACGGUGACGGCGGGGGCAGUCCAGGCCCUGGGACGCCCACCCACCACCCGCACCACCUGGUGCACCAGCUGGUGCUACACGAAGCCCAGUGUUCCGCCUUCCGUGGGCCCGAAUGCAUCUUCUCCAAGGGAGGUGGGGGCUCCGGCGGGGGCGCCGGGGACCUGGGGGUCUACGCCGUGACUGCCCUGCCCGCCCUCUGCCAGCCCGGCGACCUGGUGGAGCUGCUGUGGCUGCGGCCGCCCGCCGCCGCCGCCGCAGGGGAGCCCCCCGGGUCUGCGGCCCCGCCGCCGCCGCCCCCGCACUGGGCAGUCUACGUGGGCGGCGGCCAGGUCAUCCACCUGCACCGGGGCGAGAUUCGCCAGGACAGCUUGUACGAGGCGGGCGCUGCCAACGUGGGCAGAGUGGUGAGUAACUGGUACCGCUAUCGGCCCCUGGUGGCCGAGCUGGUGGUGCAGAACGCCUGCGGCCACCUGGGCCUCAAGAGCCCCGACGUGUGCUGGACCAACUCUGAGAGCUUCGCAGCCUGGUGCCGCUUCGGCAAGCGCGAGUUCAAGGCUGGCGGCGAACUGCCCGCGGGCAGCCAGCCCCCGCAACUGCAGUACUAUCUAAAGGUGCACCUGGGGGACGGCAAAGUGCACACCGCCAGGUUCCACAGUCUAGAGGACCUCAUCCGCGAGAAGCGGCGCCUGGACGCCAGCGGCACGCUUCGGGUCAUCAAGGAGCUGGCUGCCCUGGUAGAUGGCAAAGAGUAGCCCGGGACCCGCCGCUGCCUCUCUCUUUUCUGUCCCUCCCCCCACCCUUUCCCUUUCCCUUUCCCCUUCCCCUUUCUUCACCUAUUCUCCUUCCUCUCCUUCCCCCCUUUACUUUUCCAAAUCGGUGGAAACCUUCUCUUUGUAACUCAACUCCACCCCUCCCUAACUUCAACAGGCCCACUGUGUUGGCCACACAUUGCGAGGGAUGGGCAAAUGUGGGGUCUUGCUCCUCAGACAUUUAGACCCUUUGGGGAAAUCGCUGAGGUAGAAGGAGCCAUCUGGAGGAGAAGGGAGGGAGAGUUGAGGGUCCAGGCCUUAAGGAGGGGGAUCCUCUCUCAGAUUUAGGGACCAGUAGCAUGUGCGGAGGGUGAGAAGUCGGGGCUCCAGGCUGAGUGAGGCCCUUUGCAGUUGGAGGAUCAACAAUGAAAGGUUACUGGGUACACCCAACUGUUCCCACAUCCCUUCCCCUCUUCCAAGUGGGGACUGUGCUCCCUCUGCCUCAGGAACACAACCCCUACAGAGGAGGGGAGGAGGGGAUCUGACUGAGAACCUCAGCUAGAUCACCAGGCUUCCUUCUGGAGUUCAGUGUCCUUGAGUUUGGAGGUUUUCUUAAAAAAGAAUGACCUCGCUCUCCUGAGCUCCUGUGAAUAAUUCCACGGGAAGCCACUUGGGGACCCAGGUAAAGUGCAGUCCAGAUUCUGCCAACUCUGCCCUAGCCCUCUGGCCUCAGACCUCUUUGGCUUCUGGAGAGUGCUGGAUUCUCGGGCUGCUCUCCCAGUUCCCCAUCUUCCUGCAGAGGUGUCAUCCACCCCCGGAAUUCCUGUGGGCCUCAGGUGGUGUUGGUGGUGUUGGUGGUGGUGGUGCUCAGCUGCUGGCUGGGAACUGAGGAGCCUGGUCCACCUACCCUGGGCACAGGCAACCAGGUAGGCGAGAUCUUGCCCCCAGGAAAGGGAGAGGGUGACCCCUCCUGGCAAACCUUAUAAGAGCAGCUAGAUCCCCUCCUUUAAGGCUCUAUUUCAAACCCUGGCCCACCUAGGUAGAAGGAGAGGGAGGCAAGUACCAACUGCCCAGGGUUGCCCAGGCAGCAGAAGGGAAACCAGCACAUCAUACCCGGGUAACUUGGUUUGACUUUGCUAAAACAUCUGAGUCAUUGGGACAAUGGGCAAAGUUUAAAGGAAAAAAAAAAGAAACGAAAACACAGCCAGAACAAUUUUCCAAUUAUGUCAACAAAGCCGAUCACGUUGAUGUUUUAUUGAAGUAUUUUAGGGACCUGCUAAUAAAAUUUCAAAUUGAAAUUUUUCUUUUCAUGGCUUGAAUCCAUGAUGGUUUAAAUAACCAGGGGCCGUAAAGAGGAGACUUGUAGCUAAGAGCUUAGCUAACAUUGCCUUUCACCAGAUUUUGUUCUCAAAUCUUCUGAGAAUUGUUUCUUGAAUACUGUAGUUUUAUUUUUGUCUUUUGACAGCAGCCCUAGGAUAGGUGAAGUCUCUAACCAGCAGGUAGAUUGGACUGAAUUUCUCUCAGUUCCAAGGUUGUUUUUAAAUUAGCUUAUGGAAAAUGGCUAAUAGGUUUCUCUUUCCUUCUGCUGUUUUCUGUUUGUCAUGCCCCCCCCCCCCCCCGCACACACACACCUCAUUCUUCUGGUAACCUGCUUCCACUUCUUAAUUUCCCCCCUUUUUAUUUGCCCUCAUGAAUCUAGAGUGGGCCAAAUCACUGCCCUUGCAAAGAGAAAAAGAUAGAUGCUGACAGAGAAACAGAGACAGCCACAGAGAGACAGAGACAGAAGGGAGAACAGCAAGUGGGCUGGGUCCAGGUCUUGUUCCAGGAAUCCAGGUGGGGUGUGGGUUUGCAGCUUCCCCCCACUGUCCCUGCAUCACCAGUCUGACUGGCUCUGACUCACACUGUACAAGAAACACCCCCAGCAUCUCCUGCCCUCACCAAAGAAUCUGUCACCAAAAUAGAGCUGGGGUGUGUUGGACCAAUUGUCUCAGGCGAUGACAAAUCAGAUUGACAGCUUUGAUCUGGCCAGCCAGCAGCCACCCCGUUGGCCUGGGCUCUUUGACCCCAGGAGGUGCUUAACAGACAUUCGAAUUGCAAAAUUUCAAGAGGGAAUAAGCAGGGAUGCUGAGGAUGGGAAAGCCUUUUUGUUCAUUUUUUUCCCUCUCAGUUUUCCUCCUGAAUUUAUCUCUUGUCUAAUCCUAAUUCUCAGGAUCAAAAAGUAAGAGUAUUGUGAUAUAUGUUCCGUGUUGUCCUGGUGUUUACCACUUCCCCAUGAGGUCAUUUCUAAAACCAUGGAAAGCACAUAUGUCUUUGUUUAAGAGAAAGGAAGGGAGGAAGGAAGGAAGGAAGGAAGGAAGGAAGGAAGGAAGGAAGGAAGGAAGGAAAAAACAUGCAAAAAAGCCUAUUCAUAGUGACUAACUUAAUUUUUGAUGUCAGCAGCCCCCCAAAGCUUCAUUUUGCCUUAGCCACCACCAUACCCUUUUCCCAGUACCAGGAUGGCAUAUGCUUAAUCCCCAUUCCUCUUACUGGAUAUGUUGCACCCUUGCUGAUAACUGUAUCUUAGCUCCCUACUCUUAUUAAAUACCAUCUAAAGUA